AUGAAUAAUAUAAAUGAUUCAAACAACAGAGUUGAUGCGAUUCAAGUAGAUGAUGAUAUUACAAAAGAUGUGAAUGCUUUGAUUCAUCUGGAACCUAUUUCUCCCAUUGAUGUUGAAUCAAUUCCAGUUGAUGGCACUUCGGGGGGUGCAACAGAUGAGAGUUCACCAAUUGGAGUUCAAGCUAGUUCUUCUAAUGCUAUGGAUGAGAGUUCUUCAAUUCCAGUUACUCAAGAGUUGUUGGGGAUUACAGUUACCUCAAUUGAAGAAGCAUUUAAUCUAUAUAAUGACUAUGCUUUUAGAUUGGGAUUCAGUGUUAGGAAGGGCAAGCAGUACUAUGUUUCCGGUAGUCAGACUAUUAAAAUGAAGAAAUUCCACUGUGCAAAGAGUGGUUUUAAGGACAACAAAAAAAAAGAUUCAAGGUCAUAUUCAAGGGUAGACACACGAACAGGAUGUAAUGCGUUUUGUCAGUUUGAUUUGGCGUCUAAUGGACAGUUGAUUGUGACAAAACAUGUAAAGGAUCAUAACCAUGAGUUGUGUCCACCUUCUAACAGCUAUCUUCUUCGGUCACACAGAAGUGUUGUUGAUACCCAAUUGGAUUAUUUAAAAAACUUGAAAAGGAGUGGGGUUGCAUUGUCGGAUGGCAUUCGAUUUUUGAAACACCAGUCUGGAGGUUCACCUUUGGUUGGAUUUACACCAAGGGAUGCUUAUAAUAGCCUGCAUACAGAUUCGAUAAAGAGAUUAGAUGGGACCGAUUCAAAUUCACUAAUUGAAAUCUUUAGACAAAGGCAGUCGAAUGAACCCGACUUUUUCUUUGAUUUUGAAUUAGAUGAGGAUGCAAGACUGUGUAAUUUUUUUUGGAGGGAUACAAGAAUGAAGGAGGAUUUUGUGUUGUUUGGUGAUUUGGUAGUGCAUGACACAACGUAUCGUACUAAUAAGUAUGAUAUGAUUUGUGGUCCCUUUGUUGGAAUGAAUCACCACUGUAUGAAUAUAAUGUUUGGGUGUGGGUUUUUAUUGAACGAGAGGACUGACUCAUUUGUUUGGUUGUUUAAAACAUUUUUGCGAGCUAUGGGUGGUAAGUGUCCACAAACAAUCAUGACCGAUCAAUGUGCUGCUAUGUCUGCUGCAAUUUCUCUGGUUUUCCCAAGUGCAAGGCACAGACUUUGUAUUUGGCAUAUUGGAGAGAAUUCAAAGAAACAUAUUAAAUGUCUAAGGAGUCAAAACGGCUUUAUGGAGUUAUUUAAUUUUCUGUUGAAGUACACAGACACAGAAGCUGAGUUUGAAUUUUAUUGGAAUAGGUUGGUGACGAACUAUAAUUGCCAUAAAAAUGUUUGGUUAAACAAAUUGUAUGAUAUUAGGGAGAAGUGGUGCUCUGCUUUUAAUAAAGAUUACUUCUCUGGAGGUAUCUUAUCUUCUCAACGGAGUGAGACUACAAAUCAUUCAAUUUCAAAAAGGUUAUCUAAAACAUCUGGGUUGUCUGAUUUUUACAACUCUUUUGUUAAUGUGGUUUCUGAGUGGAGGAGCAAAGAGAAUGGGGAAGAUGUGCGGUGUUCUCAAGGGUUGCCUACAAUGGCAUUGGAUCAUGUAAAACUUCUUUUACAUGCUAGGAAUGUAUACACUAUUGAGGCUUACUACUUGUUUGAGCAACAAUUUUUGAAAGGUGCUGCUUGUCACCAAGAGAGUGUAGCGAGCAAUGUUGAUGAGCUUAAAUAUCACAUAUGGCGGCCGGAUAUUGACAUUAUUCGGCAUGAGGUUUGUUUCAAUAUUAAGGAUAUGAACAUAUGUUGUACUUGCAAGUUUUUCUCCGAGAUGGGUAUUCUUUGUUCACAUUGUUUGCGUAUUUUGAACAUUCAUUGUGUUGAAAAAAUUCCUGAGAAAUAUAUUUGUAGAAGGUGGACAAAAAAGGUUGUUGAACACAGGAUUAUGGACAUUGCAUCUUCUUCUAGUAUUUUGACAGUUGCUUCUCCAAUUUGGGUUAUAGAUAUGGGUAGAAAAUGGCAAAGGUUAGUUCUAUCAAGUCAAGACAAUUGCAAAGCUCGACAAGUAUGUGAAAACCUUAUUGAAGAUGGAAGAAGAAGGAUUGAAGGUGAGGUUGGUCCUAUUUGCUUUGAUGAUUUGGAAAGAUCUAUGCGAAGUAAUGCUAUACAAAAUCCAGAACGAAGCGAUGUGAAAGGCGAUCGUAAUCGAAGGCCAGUUAGUACAGUACAAAAAAAGUAUAAUCAAGCAAGUGGCCGAAAAAAUUAUGCAAAAAGAGUUGAAUCUAACACAAAGGCUGCCGUCCAAUCUUCUAUGCAGGAAGUUGUGUCUAAUAUUGUUGGCAGUGGGUAUCUUGUUCAUCCUAAUGACACUACUAGUUCAGAAUUGAUUUGUGUUAGGUCUAAGUCUCAAAACAAUUCAAAUGAUAAUUAG